UAUAUGUGUGUCUGCAGAGUGUGGGGAGCACACAUGCCCUGGCUGCUCUCCUCAUGUGCUCUCCUGACUGACCGACCGGCUGUCCGGCUAACUGUCUGGGUCUGGUUCCACAACCACCACUCCUGGACUCAGAGAGCGGUGAGAGUUGACUCAGACCUCCGAGGAACUAUGGAUGACCCAGUAGUCCCCGUGAUGUCCUCCGUGAUGGCGAACAGCAGCGGCAAUGUGACCUGUUCCCGUGACAACGUGCUGAAGACCACGGUGUUCCCCGUGCUGUACUCCUUCCUCUUCCUGGUGGGGCUGUCGCUCAACGGCCUGGCGGUGUGGGUGUUCUUCAGCAUCCCCAGCCGCUCGCACUUCAUCAUCUACCUGAAGAACAUCGUGGUGGCCGACGUGUUCAUGACGCUCACCUUCCCCUUCAAGAUCCUGGCGGACGCCAACCUGGCCUCGGCGGGCGUGCGCGUGUUCGUGUGCCGCGUCUCCUCCGUGCUGUUCUACCUCACCAUGUACGUCAGCAUCCUCUUCUUCGGCCUCAUCAGCGUGGACCGCUGCCGCAAGACUCUGCGCCCGUUCGUGGGCACCAACGCCGCCCGGCUCAAGCGCCGGAAGUUUCUGUCGGCCGGUAUCUGGAUGACGCUGCUGGCCCUGGCGUUGCCCAACCUGGCGCUGACCAGUCGCCCGCCGGCCUCGUCGCACUUCAAGUGCAGCGAGCUCAAGACGGAGUUCGGCCUGCGCUGGCACGAGGUGGUCAACCACGUGUGCCAGGUCAUCUUCUGGGGCAACCUGGUGACGGUGGUGGUGUGCUACACGCUCAUCACCAAGGAGCUCUACAACUCGUACGCCCGCACCCGUGGCUCUGACCCCAGCACCAGACCAGGGCACACGUCCGGGGCCCCCAGGGCAACUCUUGUGUGUGUGGGCACUAAGAAGAAGCGUCGUGCCAACGUCUUCCUGGUGCUGGCGGUGUUCUUUGUGUGCUUCGUGCCCUUCCAUUUUGCCCGCGUUCCCUACACCAUGAGCCAGACACGCGGGCGACUCUUCGACUGCCGCCACAAGCUGGUCUUCUUCCAGCUGAAGGAGAGCACGCUCUGGCUGUCCUCGCUCAACUCGCUGCUGGACCCGCUCAUCUACUUCUUCCUCUGCAAGUCCUUCCGCACGACGCUCUUCAGCACGCUGCGCUUGGCCCCCGGGCGUUGCCGCAAGCUCCGUGAGCUCGGCACUGACACCAACACGGCCACCACACACCACAGGGAGUCCUCCAGCCCGCUGUGAGAGCAGGCCACAGCCGUCAGCUUUAAUCUGGUGCCUUCUCAUACAUUUAACUCUCUCUUCAUCUAAGACAACUACAUAGCUAUGUAAGGGAUAAUGUAUAGAAUGCCCGUCAUUAUUGGGAAAAUAAGUCCCGACAGGGCAAACCGU